UCCCAGGACUACUUCGGGUGUCCAGUGCCAUGAAACUGAAUCCACAACAAGCUCCGCUAUAUGGUCAGGUUGUGAUAACAGUACAGCUGUGUGACGAAGAGCAGACUGAGGAUGAGGAGGGUGAGGAGUACUACCUGUUGUUCUCUGGCUCCUCCCAGAGUCACCUGACCAGCGCCGUACUGAGCAGCCAUGACACCCUGCAAGCGAUGUGUCCCGCCCAUGACUGCAGUGAAUUGGUUCGGGUCACCCUGUGCAGGGCCCUACCUGGCAACCUAUCGGUGUGUGAAACUUUGACCUCUGUGUUACCGGUGGCAGAGCAGCAGUUCAGCUUCGUUCAGGACCUGGCAUUUGACAUGGCCCAAUUUCUGGUGAGCACUGCAGGGAGGCCUGAUGGCCUGGAGGGGGCGCUGCUGCUGGACGAGUGUCGGAUCCCACUGGAGGAGUGUGAACGACUGGAUGAGAGUCUGUCCCUGGCAUUGAGACACCUGGACCUGCCUGAUGGUUGGAGCCUUCUGGGAACACGCCUCAGGAGCCAGGCUGAGCCCCCAUCGCAGGAGACGUUGCUCCACUUUGCGGCGCGUCGGGGGCUUGGGAGGGUGGCUGCGUGGCUCCUACUGCAACCAGGGGCCCCUGAGGCCCUCCGACUGACCAACCGACAGGGGCUCACGCCUGCCGCCGCCGCACAUCAGAGGGGCCACCGACACCUGCACCAGCUUCUGACACAGGCGGAGGAGGAGGCGGAGACUGUUGCGAACACAGGGACUCUCCAGCUGGCUCCAGGUCUCAGGGUGGCGUGUCACCUUCCCAGACUGAACACCUACACCAUGACGGUGGGGGCGGCGCCGGGGGCAGACCCCGCCUCCCUCCAGGGACUGGUGGAGGAUCUGAAAUGCCUGAUCAAGGAACACCCAUCGCUUGUUCAGCUACAGACUGAGUCAGUCCACAGGCGCGCCGCGCUGGAGGACGGUGCCCAAUCACGGGGAGGCGGCGGAGCUCAGGGAGCAGAACAGAGGACGCAGGACACCGGGGAGGAGAAACAGGGGUGUGGGAAAGGAAAACACGUCGAGGUGCAGGGUGACAUAGGUCCCUGUCACGCCCCCCAGACCUCAGCGAGGCCCCCGGAUAAUAUCUCCGUGGAGAACUGGGCGUGUCCCGUCACUCUACACACCCCCAGAGAUUACAGCAGAGCAGAGUGCGAGGAGGGAGAUGUGAGGAGGGAGGAGGCCGCAGGAGUAACGGACUGUGCUGGCUGCGAGGGACAACAGAGCAGGCAUGAGGAUAGAGGAGCCUGCUCUGAGGGCAGUGGUAUUGAGGGAAACAGAAUCAGUGUGACCCAGCGGGCUGUGGAUGGGACAGAACCACAUGUCCAGGAAGCGGGUUCUGAGGAGGGCCAAGGUGAGAAAGACGACGGGCAGAGGGACCCGUCUGCCCUCAGUGGAGACGCGGAAACAUCCACCGUAGCAGCAAUGGGGCACACUCAGUCUCCGGGGAAACCGGCUGCACCAGAUUACCCAGACAACCAAGGGAAGUGGGGGCUGCUGGGGGAGGACAAGGAAGAGGACAGCUGUCAGGAUGGAUGUGACACCCUUAACUCUGAGGAGAUAACCAGAACGGCCUCUAUCAGCCCAGGCCAGUAUGUGUCAGACCCCUCUCCUGUGGACAGAGGACAGGAGCUACAGGAGGAUCCAGCCACACCGAUGGAGGGCCUCCGUGAGGGGGAUACCCAACUGGAAAAAAGCCAGGAAACAGCUGCUGCGACAAGGAAACAUUUCCCCCCAACAGAGCCAGGCAGCAGUAUGGACGAGGAAACUAGAUUCCAUUCUGUGGACCAGGCAGAUAAAGAGAUGGGACAGUACAGUAUGGACAGUACAGUAACUGAGGAAUUAGAUUGUGGAAAGCUGCUGAACUCAAGUGGUGGUCAUGUUGAUAGAGGAUCAGGUGAUGGUCAUGUUGAUAGAGGAUCAGGUGGUGGUCAGGUUGAUGAAAGAUCAGAUGGUGGUCAUGUUGAUGAAGGAUCAGGUGUUGGUCAGGUUGAUGAAGGAUCAGGUGGUGGUCAUGUUGAUGAAGGAUCAGGUGUUGGUCAGGUUGAUGAAGGAUCAGGUGGUGGUCAUGUUGAUAGUGGAUCAGGUGGUGGUCAGGUUGGAGGACCUGGCGGUGAUCAGGUUGAUGGAGGAUCUGGUGGUGGUCAUGUUGAUGGAGGUUCAGGUGGUGGUCAUGUUGAUGAAGGAUCAGGUGGUGGUCAUGUUGAUGAAGGAUCAGGUGGUGGCCAUAUUGAUGAAGGAUCAGGUGGUAGUCAGGUUGAUGAAGGUUCAGGUGGUGGUCAGGUUGAUGAAGGUUCAGGUGGUGAUCAGGUUGAUGAAGGUUCAGGUGGUGGUCAGGUUGAUGAAGGUUCAGGUGGUGGUCAUGUUGAUGAAGGAUCAGAUGGUGGUCAUGUUGAUGAAGGAUCAGGUGGUGGUCAUGUUGAUGGAGGAUCAGGUGGUGGUCAUGUUGAUGGAGGAUCAGGUGGUGGUCAUGUUGAUGGAGGAUCAGGUGGUGGUCAUGUUGAUGAAGGAUCAGGUGGUGGUCAUGUUGAUGGAGGAUCUGGUGGUGGUCAGUUUGAUGGAGGAUCCGUGUUGGCACAUGAACAGCCACUGUUCUCCGAGGCCCAGUCAGAUGAAGAGGAGGACUCUUUCAGGUCAAUCAGUAGCUCCUCUACAGAGAUAUUCCACAUGACGGAGGAGGAAUCAGAGAGAGAGCUAGGAGGGAUGGAGGAUGUGGGUGCUCUGGAUAAUCUACAGGGGAGGGAGGGUGUGGGUGCUGUGGAUAAUCUAGAGGGGAUGGAGGAUGUGGGUGCUGUGGAUAAUCUAGAGGGGAUGGAGGAUGUGGGUGCUGUGGAUAAUCUAGAGGGGAUGGAGGAUGUGGGUGCUGUGGAUAAUCUAGAGGGGAUGGAGGAUGUGGGUGCUGUGGAUAAUCUAGAGGGGAUGGAGGAUGUGGGUGCUGUGGAUAAUCUAGAGGGGAUGGAGGGUGUGGGUGCUGUGGAUAAUCUACAGGGGAUGGAGGAUGUGGGUGCUGUGGAUAAUCUACAGGAGAGGGAGGAUGUGGGUGCUGUGGAUAAUCUAGAGGGGAUGGAGGAUGUGGGUGCUGUGGAUAAUCUAGAGGGGAUGGAGGAUGUGGGUGCUGUGGAUAAUUUAGAGGGGAUGGAGGAUGUGGGUGCUGUGGAUACUCUACAGGGAAUGGAGGAUGUGGGUGCUGUGGAUACUCUACAGGGAAUGGAGGAUGUGGGUGCUGUGGAUACUCUACAGGGGAGGGAGGAUGUGGGUGCUGUGGAUAAUCUACAGGGGAUGGAGGAUGUGGGUGCUCUGGAUACUCUACAGGGGAGGGAGGAUGUGGGUGCUGUGGAUAAUCUACAGGGGAGGGAGGAUGUGGGUGCUGUGGAUUAUCUACAGGGGAGGGAGGAUGUGGGUGCUGUGGAUUAUCUACAGGGGAGGGAGGAUGUGGGUGCUGUGGAUUAUCUACAGGGGAGGGAGGAUGUGGGUGCUGUGGAUUAUCUACAGGGGAGGGAGGAUGUGGGUGCUGUGGAUAAUCUACAGGGGAGGGAGGAUGUGGGUGCUGUGGAUACUCUACAGGGGAGGGAGGAUGUGGGUGCUGUGGAUACUCUACAGGGGAGGGAGGAUGUGGGUGCUGUGGAUUAUCUACAGGGGAGGGAGGAUGUGGGUGAGGGGGACUCAGGGUUUCACCGGCUCCUGGUUCCUCCGGUGGUCUGCACCAGUCCUCCCUGGUCCCUGUUGACCCACUGUCCUGUUGCCGGUUCUGACUCUGAUCCAGAUGGUCAUCCGUUGUCCACUGAAGACACGGUGGAGCCUUUCAGCCCUGCAGAGAUCCCCCCAGAACCCUCAUUAAAGAACAAGUCAGAACCCCAGUCUCUGCCCCCUCCAAACCCCUGUCAGAACCCCUGUCAGAAUGUCAGUCAGAGCUGA